UUGACACUGCCCCUAGUUAUUUUUCCAGUUUUUGUUACUUCCCCAACAAACAAGCACCUGAAUUACUUCUUAACUCCCACUUCUAAAUCAUACCCCCAUAUAUAUUGAAAAAAUAUCAACACUAGUCCAUUCAACAAAGGUACAACAUGAGUGCAGCAGUAAGAGCUUGGAUGAUAGCAUUAAGCACAGGAGGAGUGGAGGCCUUAAAAGACCAACUUGGUGUAUGCAGGUGGAACCAUUCUUUUAGAUCCUUUCAUCAGCAUGCUAAGAGCAAUAUCAGAUCAUACACUAAGGCCAAGAAAUUGUCAUCUGCUUCUUCUGCUGCUGUUUCCAACAAGGUGAAGAGAAGCAAGGAAGAAUCUAUGAGGAAAGUCAUUGACUUGAAUUGUCGGGGUCCUAGUACUUCAAGGUUUUAAUAUUGUGCACUUUUAAAUAAUGAUAUUUCAAUGAAUAAUGUUAUUGUAAUGUGAUGUAAUAAUCCGUUACUCAAACAUUAUGCUUUUGCAUCUAAUUUAUCCAAAAUUUUUUGUUCAUGAAAUGAUUAUGUGAUCAAGAAAAAUGAGAUUUGAUUUGA